AUGAGGAUGAGAGACAGCAGUGGACAAAGAGAUGAAACUGCAAAACUUCCGCCGCUUCCAAGCUAUGAAGCCGCUCUUGAAGCUUCUGCAAAUUCUCCAAUUUUUCGUACAGUCGCUCCAUUCGUUUUUCCAGAUGACCAUGAGGCAUUUAAGUCAGAGAAAACAUCCUCUUCGUCACCUUCAAACCACUAUCCUCAUCGCGGUGCAGAUGAUUUUCAUCUGUUCCCUCCACCUCCUUAUGGCCAAUGUUGCGAAGAGUGA